AUGUACCUUCCUCUUCUAGAAAAACUCGGCCCCAGACGUUCAGACGAAAUUAAUUCUGCCAGCCGAAUGUUAAAAAAUCACCCAGCCCAACGUGCCAGCGCCCUUCGAGAAUUCUCGAGGAAGGCGAGAAUUCAGGUUGAACAAGCAAGACAAAGCGAAAAGACAGCAACAGACGCUUCGGUUCUUAUCAAGCGAUAUAAAGAAUUAUUGCGUUAG